CACAAUCCCACAUCAGCCAUGAGAAGCGCGGUACUGGUGAUAUCUCUGCUAGCAGCCGCAGCGGCGGAGGCUCCGUACCACUUGCCUCGGCCCGCCUUCCACGCGCCAUCCUUCAACUAUGGGCAUCCCGCGCCGCCCCCACAACUGCCACCGCCCACACCGCCUGCGCCAUUCCCCCAACUACCUCACCCUCACGUGCAGCAAGCAUUCCAUGCUCCUCCCGCGCCGCAACCUAACUUUAUUCAAUCUGGAUACCAUUACGCGCAGCCGAUACCUUACCCUCAAAUUCAAUACCAACAACCACAAAUACAGCAACCAUCUCCUCCACAAAUAUCAUAUAAUGCACCAUCACUCCCAGUAAGUUAUCCACGACCCCAACAAAUUUACCACCAACCUAUUCCUUCCUACAUUCAACCCCAAGCUCAACCCUCAUUUACCUACGCACCCCAAUUUCCCGUAGAACCAAUACGACCUCUCCCAGCUUUUGUGGCACCUCAGCAAUACUCCCCCAUAGCACAGCAAUUUAAUUCAGGUCAAGGCUAUGCAUACCAACAACCGCAAUCAUCACCUCCAUUUGUAUCCCAGUUGCCAUUACAGACCCAAACUUUCAGCAAUUUCCCGUCCUCAUCCCUAUCCAGUUAUCAAGCGGACUCAAAUCAGUACAACACAGCUGCACAGAGUCAAACGCACAGCGAAGUUCUCGAUUCAACAGUUGUUAACCGUGUGCAAAACAUUAUCAAAGACAAUGAGCACACGUCUGCUAAAGAAGCCGGAUUAUUGUCUCUAGUGUCCGGCGUGUCUUUGGAAAAUGCUAGACCAAGUGUAGAAAUAACAUCCUUCGUGCAGAAUUCGGCUGCACCGGAUAGAGUUAUUGAUACGUCAUCGUAUUCAUCAAGUCCAUCAUCUUCUGCCGGUGCAUCUAGCUCGUCAGGAAGUCUGCCUUCUUUUAGUUCAACAAACAUUCAACCACAACAGAACACAGGAGCAAUUAGUUUAAGUUUCUUACCUCACACACAGCCAGCCACUUCUUACGGUCCACCGAAUUAAACGUGUUAUUUGUGU